AUGAUAUCGCUCAAUGCUCUCAUUCUUUUGGGCCACUUUGAAAUGAGCACAAAUAGGAAACUCUUCCACUUCGUCGGCGAGAUUUUCCGGCGAUGCUGGCUGGUUUUCAAGAAGGCUUCCAGCAAAGGACCCAGAAGGCUAGAAAAAUUUCCAGAUGAAAAAGCAGCAUAUUUCAGAAACUUCCACAAGGUAACUGAACUACACAACAUCAAAAAUAUCACCAGGCUGCCUCGAGAGACGAAAAAGCAUGCAGUGGCGAUUAUUUUUCAUGAUGAAACAUCGAAAACAUUUGCCUGUGAGUCAGAGCUGGAGGCUGAGGAGUGGUGCAAACACCUCUGCAUGGAGUGUCUGGGGACCCGCUUAAACGACAUCAGCCUGGGCGAGCCCGACCUGCUGGCAGCUGGGGUGCAGCGUGAGCAGAAUGAACGGUUCAACGUGUACCUCAUGCCUACACCCAAUCUGGAUAUUUAUGGCGAAUGUACCAUGCAGAUCACUCAUGAGAAUAUUUAUCUCUGGGAUAUCCACAAUGCCAAGGUCAAGCUGGUGAUGUGGCCUCUCAGCUCAUUGAGGAGAUACGGUCGGGACUCCACGUGGUUCACAUUUGAGUCGGGAAGGAAGAAGCAUGGUAAGUGUGGUUUCCGUGCCAGAAGAGUAGCCGAGACUGGCUGGACCGGACUCAACACCAUGUUUGCUUUUCUCCUUUCACCACCUGACCCAUGA